UUUGAUAUGCCAUGGUUUCCUUUUACAGGCUUGAAUUAUUUUUUCCCUAAGAAUUUUUGUCAGUUCAUUAAAGAUUAGACCCAUAUAGAGUGAUUUUAAAAGGCGCAAGGUAGGUGCAAAAUAACUUGAUUGCACCAUUACGGCACAGCAAUAUAAAAGACCUACUUCACUUUUGAAACAAAAUGCAAGUUUUUCUUUUCGUCGUGGCUUUCUUUACCGUCCUUGCAGCAGAAGAACAUGCAUACCAGCAGUUCAUUGGAUGUGCAUUUAAUAAUGAAGGGCAAGUAAGCCGUUUCUGGCGCUAUGGGUAUGAUGGCAGAGACAUCAUGCAUGUGGAUUUGGCCAAGGAAGCUGUGGUUGCUACCAGUGAACCUGGUCAGCUUUUAGCAGAAGAGAGAAAGAGCAAAGAAUACAUUAAGAGAAAAGAGGCACGACUAGUAAAGGUGUGUUCUGCUGUGAAAACUGUCUUCCUAAAGUCCAACAACUCCCUCUCCAGGGCAGCAAAACCUGCAGUAUAUGUGUCUUCUGGAGGAGAAAAGGAUCAGGAAUAUAUUAAAUGUGCUGUGCGUGGCUUCUAUCCAAACAUCAUUAAAGUACGCUGGACCCAUAAAGCAAGGCCAAUCUAUUUUGGUGUAUCAACUACUGGAGUACUCCCUCACAAAGAUGGCACUUUCCAGAUGACCUCCUAUCUUAGUCUUAGUAACGUGAGCAGCAGCGAUGUUACCUGUGAGAUUGAACACUUAAGCAUUGAUGGGAAAAUGAGGAUAAACUAUGGGGAUAAAUCGUUGUUUCUGUCACAAAUCACAGAACAUGUACUUAAGGCAGUGGCUGCCUUUCUUCUUGGAUUUGUAUUACCAGUUUGCAUAACUGUACUAUUUAUAUGCAUAAGGCAAAAGACAUCAAAACCACCCGAAGAUGAGAUAAAAGACACAAGUGAUGAAUCAGAAGCAUCUUUAUCUUUGAAUUUAAUGAAUAUCUCUCAGGAAACAUAAAAUAUUUAAGGCGAGUGUGACCCGAAACCAUAUAUUAUUAUUAUUAUAUUUUGGCCACAGACAAAUACUUUAAUUUUCAUAUUUGUGUAGAAUUGAAUCUCAAGUAUACACAAUGUCUGUAUAUCUAUAGGUAGCCUAUUAAAAAUCUGUGCUAGAGAUUUUACAUACUAGUUUGUGAUGCUUAAGCUUGUUGAUCUCUGUUUAUAGAGUUUGUAAAUGUAGUGUAACUUGUGCAUGGUCUAACAUAGGCUACUUUACACUAUUGUCAUCUUCACUUGUAAUCAUUAAUUUAUACAAAAUAAACAGGCUAUUUAUGACAAAUGA